ACGAUACUGCUUGGACUAAAACUCUAAACAUCUGGUAUUGUAAUUCAUACUAACAUAGGAAUACGUCUGGUUAACAUGGAGGAGGCCGAGCCGUUAAACGAAGAUGUUCAUUUGAAUGAGAUAUCUUUGAAAAAUAAUGAAAUAAAGGAAAAUUCUAAUGUGCAAGAUAAAGAGAAUAAUGAUAGGGAGAGUUGGGGAAGCAGGGUGGAGUUUUUGCUCGCUAUAAUCGGGUUUACCGUUGGUAUAGGGAGCAUAUGGCGAUUCCCUAUUCUUUGUGCAAGGAAUGGCGGUGGAGCGUUCAUCAUUCCGUUUUUCUUCUUCAUGAUUACCUGCGGUGGACCGCUGUAUUAUAUUGAAGUAUGUCUCGGACAGUUUAGUGGACAAAGUGCAGGAUGUGCGUUCGAGUUUUGUCCUUUAUUUAGAGGUAUAGGUUUCCUCAUGGUGUUGAUUUCUUUUGACAUACUCUGGUACUAUGUGUCUAUCAUGGGAUGGGUCCAGUACUAUUUUGUUCAGUCGUUCCAGUCACAACUGCCUUGGUCAACUUGCAACAACUGGUGGAACACGGACAAUUGUAGAGAAACGGAGUUUUAUGCAACGUCAUUGAAAAACAGAACUACUGCUGGCAAUCUCACAUCACCCCUACACAAUAUAUCAAGUUUUGCCAUAGAAAUCUCAAACAAGUCGAUGCUGUCGUCUCCGGCAAAUGAAUUCUGGCUAUACAACGUUCUACGAAAGUCAGAUAGUUUAGAAGAUAUGGGAACAAUGCAAUGGCAUCUUGUACUUAGCAAUUUUGUGGCGUGGGUUAUUGUAGUUGCUAGUCUUAUCAAAGGUGUUAAGUCACUGGGAAAGGUGGUAUAUGUUACAGCUACAGCACCAUAUAUUUUACUGACUGUGUUAUUAAUUCGAGGUUUGACACUAGAUGGCGCUGUUGAUGGAAUCCUAUGGUACAUAACUCCUAACUUCGAAAAACUUGCAUCACCGCAGGUGUGGCUACAGGCUGCUAUCCAAGUGUUCUACUCAUUGGGACCGACAUAUGGAGGGGCGAUAACUAUGGCAAGCCAUAACAAAUUUCAUCAGAAAUCACUCGUAGAAACUACAAUAUGUGUCGUGGCAGAUGCAUUUACAGCAUUCUAUGCAGGAUUGGUCGUUUUCACCAUAAUUGGUUUCAUGGCGAAAGAAGCUGGAACAUCCGUGGAAGCCGCCGCCACAGCUACAGGACCUGGUCUGGCUUUUGUUGCUUACCCAGAAGCUAUCAGCAGAUUGCCUUUACCUCAGCUAUGGGCUGCUCUGUUUUUCUUUACGCUAAUUACGGUAGCAUUUGAUAGUGUGUUUGCCUUUUUGGAGACUAUUACCGGGACCUUGCUUGACGUGUUCCCGAAACAGCUUUUGCCAUAUAAAACUUUUGUUCUUAUUGGGACAGCAUUGUUCUUAUUUCUUCUAGGUCUACCUUUAUCGAUGAGUGGUGGUAUAUAUCUGUUCCAGUUAUCCGACUGGUAUAUUUCUGCUUACGCCCUUUUAUUUGGUUCUGCACUGGAGUCUAUAAUGGUUUGCUGGGUCUAUGGAGCGGAUAGGUUUGCUGAGGAUAUUGCUCUAAUGACAGGACGUCAAGUGUCCAAAAUAUUGAGAAUAUUUUGGUGUAUCAUUAUGACAGGAAUGUUGACGAUAACAUGUGUUGUGGUAAUUCUCACAUAUUCAACUCCUAACUACGGAGACUCUUACGUGUAUCAGCCUUACGCCAUUGCCAUUGGCAUAUUGAUGUCAUUGAUACCUUUUGUUCCGGUUGUAUUCGUUAUGCUCAAAGAAAUACGAAAUGCGGAAGGCUCGUUGAAACAGAGGGUCAGUACCUUAUUGCAGCCAUCCUCAAAGUGGCAACCUGUUGAUCAGCAAGCAAGAGAGAUGUACAGAUCAAGGCCGUACCGAUACGAGGAUACAUUAUCAAAACGAAUUCGUGCAAAUAUACUUGGAAAUAAAGACACACCAUGGUUUUAAGUUGAAGCACAAUUCAAUCAAAGACAAGUUUAUUGUGUCAUUCUCUGUCCGUCGUUCAUCCAUUGGUCCGUACCUUGUACAUCGACUUCUACUUUGUCUGACAUCUCCUCUAAAACCCCUAAUUAAGAUAAAUAAAAUGAUUCUUUAUGCAAACGACUCAAAUAAAAUUGAUCUUUUAUAAUCUAUGCUUGUUACAACUACAACAUACUUGUUUACAACCAUCUUUUCCGUUGAAAGUACACACAACUAAGUUAGUAAAGACAACUUUAUUAAUCGACCAUAAACAUGUCAGUCAAGGAUUGUAGGGAUUUUAUUCAGCGAACGAAACUGCAUUAUUUGUAAUAAACAUAAAUUCCUGGAUCUGGGUGCUUCAGUAGAAACACUUCUGUAUUUGCCAUGAACAUGAUUUUCUGGGAUUGGGGGUCAGUUUUUGUAGUACACAACAUUUCUUUAUUUGUCAUCAGCAAAGCAGUCAGGAAUAAUAGUUAGUUCAUUAGUAGAAAACAUUUCUCUCUUUUGCCAUAAACAUUGCUCUCAUGGAUCGGGAUUAAUGUUCAGUAAAAGACACUACUUUAUAUGCCAUAAAAAUGGCAAUUAGAGACCAACAUUGUGAAUUGUAUGAAACUCUGCUUCGUUUGCCAUAAAUAGAACUGUCGGGGAUCUUGUUGAUCUUUUCCAACUAAGAAAGUCAUCAACACAUUAUAAUAUGUCAGUUACACUCGGGUGAGCGAUACCGUAAUUUCUGAGCUGAAUAAUGCAUAUCAAGGUGUAUUUGGUAAAACUAUCUCAUGCAUAAAACAUGUAUUUAAACAAAUAUCAAAAACAAACAUAUCCAAAACAAAACUAUGCCAUAACAAAAGUCAUUGACGCUGCAUAAAAGCAGUGUCAUAUCAAAACAUUCUGUUUAUGAUUCACUACAUAUUUUGCACUGAAAUUAUCAUUUUGUACACUUUUUUUUGUAUUUGCAAAUGUUUUAAUCAAUUAUAAAAAGUGCAGUGUAUAAAGAAUGUUUUUCUUCUUCAGAAAACAUGGGUUUUCUAAAAUAAAAAUAAAAGAUCCAUUGAAAUCAAACGAACGCAACCAAGCAACAUAGCAGAAGACUCGGUUUGACAGAGUCUGUUCAUUAGAGGUAAUGAAAUGGGCAUCACCCGUUUGCCUGCUCUGCCUUUGCGACCAGUGCAGACCAAGAUCA